UCAAAAUAUGUCAAAAGUCGAGUUUAGUUUUGUUUUCAUUUCUCAAUUUUUACUUUUCCAAAUGUCACAUUGAUAAAUGUUGAAUCAUUUUUCAAUUGACACUUAGAGAGUAAAAUUGAAAACUUUUCUUGCCUCAAAGCUGGUCAAAUUAGCUGUGCAAAAGAGCCUGAAAUUCAACGUUAAACCUUAGAGUUCAACUGAAACUUAUUUCACAUUGAAAUUUUUCAGUUUCAUUGCUUAAUCGAAAGGUGAUAAAAUAAGUGGCCAGAAUAGUAGGACUUGUGUUUGAAACGAAAAGGGAAAAGGUUCAGGUGAAAUACUGGUGAUACAAUUUUGUUGAUAAUGAGAAAAGUCUGGUUGGAAAUUGAAGGCAAAAAGUUUCCAAGUACGAGGAGAACGAUAAAAGGAGAAAAUAUAAAACUCUUAAGAUGAAAUCGCCCGAGGAGGAAAAGAAAGUGUAGAUUGAAUCAUUCUUUUUGUCUCGCUUUUCGAUCAAAGAAAAUGAGUGAAAGAUGAUGAAAGUUCAAUCGACUGUUCUGAUGAAAGGAAAAGUAAAUUUCACGAGGAAAUCUAAAUAGUGGUUGACUUUAUUUCUUGCUUAACUACUAGCCAUAUUGACCUGAAUAUUAUACAUUGUUUCCAAUCAAGUUGUUAAUAGUUGUGAUGUCAACCUUAAUCGAGCUCUAACCAUUUAUGGUUCAGUCUAACUGGCUGACGACCUUUAUAUUAGAUAUCUCAAGACAACCCAGUCGAAUGAAAUCCAUGGCACUGAGACACGUUUGACGCUCAUUUAAAAAAAAGAAAAAUACUAGUGCCAUCUUGGGAAAAGAUGGUGCGUCCAUUGAAAUAUGCGCAAUUUUUUUGCUAUUUCAGUAAACAAUUACCUUUACAUGUAACAUUGAGCCAUGUAACUCGAAUAAUCUGUCAAUAUACACAUGGUACAUGAAUUUUUUGCUAUUUUGUUUGACUUGAUCAAGAUCAGAGAAUUUUUUAAAAUUAAAUCAUAACUCAAAUCACCCGCGUUUUUGAGACCAUGACGCAUUAACCCAUAUGUCAUGCUAUCUAAGCUAUAAGCUUUAAGCGGGUAAACCAUCAAACUUGUUUUAUCAUAUAAAUUUUGAUUUUAUUAUUUCAACUGGCCAAUUUUAAUCAAUUGAUUCUGUUUUUUCUAACAACGAAACUUGUAAUUCACGAUUACUUGAAAAAGUAUCAUAAACAUGGAAACAUUUAUUCAUGAAGGUGAUUGUGGGCACCAAAUACCUGAUUCUCUAACUUUCUAUUUACAUGACUGUUUGGGCUCAUUUUGCGAGAAUUGCAAAUCAAAAUCAAACAAGUGUCAAUUUUGCGGCAAUCUAUACACUGAGGACGAGCUCAUCAAAAGCCUUGCUAAGGAUACAUGUGAAUAUGAAUCCAAAUGCUCAAGUAUUCCGAUGUACCAUUGUACAUGUGCCACCAUGAAGUUGUGUGAAGUACAUCUUAUCCAUGUUCAUUCAAAAAUUAUACCAUCAAAGAGAUGUCUCCCUCAAAAACUCGAUUCUAUGGCAAAUGAAAAACCAUGUGGUAAAUGCGAGACCUUCAUCGCCACUCAUGUUAAUAAAGAAAACAAUGAACCUGUUUGUGAAUCAUGUAUCAUCAAACAUGAAUUGCCUAACGUGGCAGCGCUGGAUAAAGCUCAUGAUAAAGAAUCGAUUGGAGAUUUAAAGCUAUACCGAAGCGCAAUAGAGAAAAGAGUCUCUCUUCAGGUCCAGAGGUGCGAUAGCUUUUAUUCUGAAGUUAAAAUAGAAGAGAAGAAAUGUCAUGAAGCCAUGGAGCAACUAAAAAGUCUAAUAAAUUCGUGCAACAAGGAAAACAUGGGUAAACACGAAUCUUUAAAAGCUGCUGUUUCGUAUGCACAAAGAUUCAUGGGUAAAAUGGAUGGUAUCAUGUCGCUCAUCAAUCAUGGUAGAAUUUCUGACCAAGAAAUUAUUCAAAAGCUGAAAUCAUGGAUCAAGCAUCUAUUACAAUCAUUUGAGACUCCAGUUGUGUCUAAAGUUGUCAUUGAAUUUCAAGACUCAUCAAAUGAUCAUUCAAAACGAGUUAACAUAAAACAUGUUGCAAACCUGAUGCAAGAAGACAUGGCUAUGUUUCUUGACCCAAUUGACUUAUCCACUUCCACACCAAACCUUUCAGAUUAUGUGUUAAGAAGAGCAGUUAAUCUAUGUCGAGAUCAACUACCACAUUCAGUUCCAUGUGGCGAAUCAAACUGUUACUGUUCGCUAUUCAACAAGAGAUCCUUGGAAAAUCCUGAACCAUCUACAUCGAAACGUAGCAAGGUGACUACUGUUUCAUGUUACAAGCAAGUCAAUGACAUAGAUCCUUUUGCUUCAUCUGAGGAAGAUGAAGACGAGUUAUAUGAUGAUUUUUAUCAUGCACCUGCAAUCGAUACAAGUAUUUCCAUGCCUCAUGUUUCGUCGCUAAUUCCUUUCGAAGAUAAAACGGAAGUCAGGGUGCGAUUAACAUCAAUUAGAUGCCCUUUAUGGUUUUUUCUUGAAAAACCUGAAAUGCUUGAAAAGAGACUUGAAAUUUUGAAUAGUCUUAAUGACUCAAAAGCAUUUCACAUGCCAAUGUUAGUAAUCAAGGCACAUGUCAGAGCAGUAAUCAAGGACAAGAUUGGCUUUGGACCGCGAUUUAAAAGAGCCUUUAUAAAGUCAUACAACAUGGAGAAACGAACAUGGCUCGUAAGACUUUUGGAUUAUGGUAAUGAUAUCAAUGUAGAUCCUGAUUGUAUUUAUGAGCUUCCAGCUGAAUAUCAUGAUAUAGAUGAAACAUGUUUCAGGGCUUGUUUGAUGGGUGUGAAACCACGUUCAAAUUUUUGUUUUACCCAACAUGUACCAAGAAACGCUACUUCAUUCAUCAACAAGUAUUUACGGUCAAAAAGUGGACGUGUUAUGGUCACAAGAGAGUUUCAAACUGUUGAUGAUGCUACUUUUUGUCGUGUUUCAAGCUACAUCAAUGACACAAAGGUUGACUGGACUAAAGAACUUUGUGACGCAAAUUUAGCUUUACCAUUACUAGAAGAACCUUGUUGUUUUUUAGCAAAAGAAAAUUAUUGUUACAUGUUUCAUUAUUUCAACAAAUGUCAUGAUGAAUGUGAGCGAGUUCACACGUGUCCUUUUGAUUCACAAAACCACUCACUCAAAAAUUGUUCGGCUUAUCUUAGUGAGCUUCAGGCUAAAGAAGCCACAUGCAACAAGAACAAAAAUGAUGGUUGCGUAUUUCAUCAAAUUUAAUAUUUUCAUGUAACAUUCAAUUCAAUUUAAUAUUUUCAUUUAAAAUUCAAUUCAAAUAAA